GCCCGGCGCAGCUCUUUGGACCCAGCGGUUAAUGGGUAACUGUGGGGCCGGGCCGGGUGCUGCGGGACGAAGCUGGGUCUCUUGCCAUACCAUGUCUAACAAAGUGAAGAAAUGGAACGCCUAGAGAUGGAAGGAAACCAGAUAACCCUGGACAGCCUCGAGAAGGGCACAGACAACCCUGCUUUCAGCUCCCCGGAUGAGGAGGAGAUCAGUGAGGAACGUGAUGGUAUGCGUGGUGGGAAUGAGAAGAACAGAAGAGAAGUGAACGGGAGAGUUGCUUCGUACUGCAGGAAGGCCCUGCAGCCGGCCUCCAAGGCAAAGAACUUCUGCAAGGCUCAUGCCAAGGCAUUGAGGAUGGUCUUCUGGGGGCUCCUUGGAGCAGCCUACCUGUGCUACUUCAUUGUGGCAUGUUGGCUCAACUUCCAGCGAGCCCUCGCCUUGGUGGUUAUCACUGCUGUGGUCAUCUUCUUCGUGUGCUGGAGCCUCUUCAAGAAGUACUGUGGGGCGAAGGUGCUGAUACUCCUCAGCCCCCUUCGGAAAUGCUUGAAGAAGUCCUGGCCAUGGCUGAAGUGGGUGCUGUAUGUGCUCCUCCUGGGAGGCCUGGUGACGUGGCUGUCUUUGGACACGGCCAAGAAUCCAGAGCAGCUCAUCUCCUUAGCUGGCUUCUGCGUUUUGGUGCUCUUCCUGUUUGCCUUCUCCAAGCACCACAGCGCAGUGUCCUGGAGAGCUGUUUUCUGGGGUCUUGGCUUGGAGUUUUUAAUUGGACUCUUCAUCCUUCGAACAACUCCCGGCAUCCAGGCUUUCCAGUGGCUGGGUGACCAGGUCCAGGUCUUCCUGGGCUAUACCAAAGCUGGCUCUGGCUUCGUUUUUGGGACUACACUCAUUGAAGAUGUCUUUGCAUUUCAGAGUCUGCCCAUCAUUGUUUUCUUCAGCUGUGUGAUGUCCAUCCUCUAUUACCUUGGUGUCAUGCAGUGGCUCAUCCUCAAGAUCUCCUGGAUCCUCCAGGUCUCAAUGGCGACCACCCCUACUGAGACGCUGAGUGUGGCAGGGAACAUCUUUGUGGGACAGACUGAAGCCCCACUGCUCAUCCGCCCAUACCUUGCAGACAUGACCCAUUCUGAAAUCCAUGCCGUGAUGGCUGGUGGCUUCUCCACCAUUGCAGGCAGCGUGAUGGGAGCUUACAUAUCCUUUGGGAUAGAUGCAUCAUCGCUGAUUGCAGCCUCCGUGAUGGCUGCACCCUGUGCCCUCGCCAUGUCCAAACUGGUCUACCCUGAAGUGGAAGAGUCCAAGUUCAAGGGCAAAGAAAGCGUUCGCAUUGCCAGUGGGGAAGAACGGAACAUCCUGGAAGCUGCCAGCAAUGGGGCUGCCGCCUCCGUUGGACUUGUGGCCAACAUUGCAGCCAACCUCAUUGCCUUCUUGGCUGUGCUGGAGUUCAUCAACGCUGCAUUGCGCUGGUUUGGGGAGAUGGUGGAAAUCAAAGACCUCUCUUUCCAGAUGAUCUGCUCCUAUGUCCUCAUGCCCAUCGCCUUUCUCAUGGGGGCAGAUUGGGCAGACUCACCGCUGGUGGCCGAGCUGCUGGGGAUCAAGAUCUUCCUGAAUGAAUUUGUGGCAUACCAGCAGCUAGCCACGUACAAGAAGAACCGGCUGUCAGGCCUGGAGGAGUGGAAUGAGGGCAGGAAGCAGUGGAUAUCUGAGCGUGCUGAGAGCAUCACCACCUUUGCACUCUGUGGAUUUGCCAACCUAAGCUCCAUUGGGAUCAUGCUGGGAGGCCUGACCUCCAUGGUUCCUCACCGCAAGAGCGAGCUGGCCUCCAUUGUGCUGCGAGCCUUGCUCACUGGCAUCUGUGUCUCCAUGCUCAACUCCUGCCUGGCAGGCCUCCUCUAUGUACCAACAGAGAUGGGCGACUGCGUGAACAUCCUUAGCACUGCCAACUUCACCUCUACCAACUAUGCCAUCUACACGUGCUGCAAGCAGCUGUUUUCAAGCACAGUGCUGGAGAACGGAACGCUCUCCUUCACUGGAGCCUGGGACAACGUGGCAGAGAGUGUGACAUAUCUGACACAGUGCUGUGGGCAUUACAACCACACGUCUUGCACGUCAUGAACCCAGAGACACUAGCCCCAAGGAGCACUGCGGUCUGCACAAGCUGGCCUCAAAGGCAGAAAAAUCCCGAUCAGAUUGACAGAAAGCACUACGUACCUUGCAACCAGCAUCCCUGGCUGCUGGCCUCAUGGACAGAGGGGAAUCGAUCCCAAAUAAACUACAGAAAUCCUCA